AGGACCGUGUACAGACCUCAGACCAGCCCACCUCACCUCCUUGUCGGUCGCACCUCAGACCGGUGCCCUUGGAAAAAUCCGACCGUAGAUCAGCUCCCUCCACACACACGCACACACACGCACACCCUCACACCGACCGGGACUCAGCCCAGAGGAAAGCGUGAUCCUCGGCAGCAGUAGACGUCUCCUCACCGGCGGAACAAGACGCGUCCACAACGGAGCAGCACGGCGAGCGAGCGGACGGAGCGAGGACACAGACCCCGCGACUGAAACCUGGAGCGAGCGAGGGGGCUUUCCGUAAAAAACCCGAACCGACGAGAGCCACCGCUUCCCCGACAUUUAUCCACAAUUACCCCGAGGAGCGAGCUCCCAGAGCCGCGUUUACACCCGAGAGCUAGCGGAAUGUAUUGCUAGCGAGCCGGCUAACGUUAGCUAGCUAAUUAGCUCGUCAGGGGAUCCAGAAGUCGGACGUGUGGUCUUUAUUAGAAACGGGGAAAGGGAGGGGGAGGUCCCGGUUCACUUUGUUUCUUUAGGUGGUGGUGGGGGGAAAGUGUUCCCGUUACCGUGCCCGGUGCUGACUCCCGCUUUGGGGCCAGGAUGGUUUUUAGCUCGAACCCGCUAAAGCUAAGUUAAACAAUUAACUGUGAAUCUGAGGAGAGUCUCCGACGCGUCCGGAUCCAUUGUGAGCACCGACAGGGACGGACCGAGGAAAACGAGGACGCGAAUUCACCAAGAAAUACUUUUUCCCCCUUUUUUCCCUGACUGGUGACUGUCCGUCGUCCGAUGUUAAUGUCGACCGACGUUGCCUCCAUAAUGCUGCCCGUUAGUCGGGGGAUCCUGGACCGGGAGCUGGACGCGGCCGCCGGACCCCUCGCGAUCGCGCCCGGGGGUCCAGCAGCUGUCCGGGCAAUGAAGCGAGGGGACCCGGAGCCCGACGCGCAGACAGCCGCCGCACUCACCGAACUGCCCGGGGCGGAGUGCAAGAGACCGAGGAUCGACGGCACCGGAGCUGUUGUUGCUGACAUUGGCCAGAACAAUGAGCCUUUAAACCCUGGUUUCCAUGGAUACCCACCUCUCACUCAGGGCUCUCAGGAUUCGACAGGAGGACAGGAGGGUCUGGUGGCCCCACCCUUCGCAGCAUUCCCCCCUCCACCCCCACCUCAGAACGGGCUCCCGGGGACGGAGUUUGUUCCGGGGGCCAUGUUUGGCGCUGGGGGCCCAGGAACAGCAGAGGUGGGGGUGGGUGUUGAUGGAGCAGCCACUGCAGCCAUCAUCAACAGCAGCAACAGCGUAAAAGGAGAUGAGGAGUCACUGGGCGAGGCGGGGGUGCAGUGUGGUUCAGGCAGCACCGGAGCGGGCGGCUCCAUCGACGACCCCUCGGAGGCCAAAGGGACCCCCAAGCGCCUCCACGUCUCAAACAUCCCCUUCCGCUUCCGGGACCCAGAUCUCAGGCAGAUGUUUGGGCAAUACGGGAAGAUUCUGGAUGUGGAGAUCAUUUUCAAUGAGAGGGGUUCAAAGGGCUUUGGCUUUGUGACGUUUGAGACCAGCGCAGACGCAGAGAACGCCCGGGGAAAGCUCCACGGCACGUUGGUGGAAGGUCGUAAGAUUGAGGUGAAUAACGCCACCGCCAGGGUGAUGACAAACAAGAAGAUGGUCAGCCCGUACCCUAACGGAGAGGCUCUCAGCACACUGCCUUACGCGGGGUGGAAACUGAGUCCAAUGGUGAGCGCCAUGUACGCACCCGAGCUGUACGCAGUCCCCGGGUUCCCCUACUCUCAAGCAGCAGCGGCAGCCACCACAGCGGCGGCAGCGUUCCGCGGGGCCCACCUCAGGGGCCGGGGUCGACCCGUCUACAGCACCGUACGGGCCGCUGUGCCUCAGCAGGCCCUCCCUGCCUACCCUGGACUAGUGUUUCAGGACUCAGUCCUUAGUCCCAGUUUGCCUCAGGGAGGUUACCCGGCUGCUGCUGCCGCCGCCGCCGCCGCCGCUUACCGCUACGCUCAGCCGGCAGCCGUAGCUGGAGCAGCCCCCGGUGCUACCGCCUACAGUGACGGCUACGGCCGGGUUUACACUACAGAUCCAUACCACGGGUUAAGUCCAGCUGCUGCUGCUUACGGAGUCGGAGCCAUGGCCAGUUUGUACCGGGCAGGAUACAGUCGGUUCGCUCCGUACUAGAAACCACAAAUCACACCCGAGGAAUUCCACAUCGCUCCAAAACACUUCUUCAAGCUCUUCGUUUGGCCGGAGCUCCCCUCCAGUCCUCUGCAGGCGGACGAUCGUGACAACUCAUGUGUGUUUUUUUUUUUGUGUGUGUGUCUUUUCGUGGCGAGAGAGGUCAACGCCACAUCAUCAACUCCAACUCUGUUUCCACUGUCUGUCGCUCACAUGGAGACAAUGAAAAAAAAGAAAAAGAAAUAGAAACCAGGAGCGUCUCCAUCAUAACAAGCUGGAGCCUUCGACUCUGAUCUACGUGGCACAAUUUAGAAACACUACAGGACCCGGAGGGAGACGACUGCUUCCUGUGGGAAUCCUGAACUCUACACACCCUUUCCCCUCUGAACUCUCAGUAUAUCCACUGCCCUAUAAGACCUGAUCCCUCCUAUAUACACAUACUUUACAUUUACACUCAACACCAAGUAUACAGCUUCCUCUAGUUUACAUUUUCCUUUUUUCUUUUUUUACGUUGACCUGCACAGAACGAGAGAACUGCCACGGCAUCACUAUAAAAAGGUACUUCUGUUUUUAAACACUACGUCCAUGUAAAAGCUCUCGGAGAAGAGGCGUCCCUCUGGUUUCACUUUGUGGAAGAAGAAAGAAAUAUUGUUUUGUAGAUCUGGAGAAGCAGAUUCCAGCUGGAGGGAACCAGUGGAGUGUCCGAGUGACAGAAACCACUCUCAUUUCCCAACUUCCCCAUCAAAUGUAAAAGGAAAUUAAAAAUAAACACACAAAAUAAUGUAAAAAAAAAAAAGGAAUUUAAAAAAAAACGUGAAAAAGGACAAGGGAAAAAAAACCAAGUGACUUUUGUUUAUUCUGCAAUACCUCAGUUUUUCUUUGGAUCAUGUUUUCGCCGCCAUCGAUUUAUUAAAUAUCUACAUCACGAGGACAUGUUGGAUCUGUCCAUCAUGUUCAGUGACAGACUCACACACCUCAAUCAUCUAAUCACUACAAGUGCAAAACACUAAGACGGGAACCGACCCCGUGUCUGUUUCUGUCCAUGUUAAGAAUCCGGUGCACUCCCCCCCCCCCCCACAACCACUCCCCUCAGUGGUUCGACCUUGAUCUGCUUGUAGUACUUCUUCCAAAAAAGGACUCGCUGCCUCUCUCUCUCUCUCUCUCUCUCUCUCUCUCCCUGUAUCUCUCUCUCUCUCGUCCCUGUUAGACGGACCAAGAUCCGUCGAAACACAAACAAACUAGAUUUAGCAGAUCUGAAGCUCGGGGUGGGGUGGGGGGGGGAACCCACAUGGGAAAGUAAAUCAUCUGCCAGUCAGCCAACUGGGAACCCCUCCUGGCCAACGGAGAUAUUUAAGCCCACAGACUGCUCCCUGUGUGUGUCUGUGUGUGAUCUCCACUCAGCAGAACAGUAGAUCCCUGUAGAAGCGCCCAGAUAGGAACACAGCGAGCCGUGUGAUAGAGUCUUGAAGUAAUGAGAAGUUUCUAUUUAUAUCCGUUGUUUUCACUCGUCCACAAUCAUUUUUAAAUCCAUCACGCUCUCUGAGAGUUUCUGCUCUGAAUGCUUUUAAAGUUCUCUAGACCCGGUCUGUCACUUCACAGACCCGGUCCCUGUCCUAUGUAUUACAUCUCCAUAUAAUCUUACUAUGUUGUUAUUGAUAUGAUUUCUGCCUUUUUUUGGUUCCAAAGAUUUUACUGAAGAAGCACAUUUUUGGUCCUGAUGUAUUUCAUAUUUUUGUGGUUGCCUUUUUGUUGUUUUUUUUGCCUUGACCUGUAUGUUAUGUUGUGUAUCUGUGGGUAGAAGCUGUAUCUUUCAGUACAGUGUCGAAACAGCACCCAGGGAAAAGUCACUGACGCUCCAAAAAGACAGAGGAAAUGUCGGAAGUAUUGCAGCAAAUAGGGAAUUCUGAACGUUGGAUUUGCUCCGGACACUAAUUUAUUGUCUCUCUUACUCUCUGUUAUUGUUUUAAAAUGAAACACAUGAAAACCGCUGUAGCUAGACAAGAGGAAUCAGAGCAGAUGGAGACUUGAGGGAUUUUGCAGAGGUAGACACACACGAGGAUGUUUUGCGUUGGGGUUUGGAAACCGGGAGGAAUUACAGGCAAAGCAAAUGUGGGAGAAGCGUCCGCACAAUGAGGAACGGGCCCUGUUCCCCGGCAGUGGCCAUCUUUUAGAACAAUGGAACAAUGCGGUGGGUCCGGGGUGGGCAAUGUGGCAGUGAAGGUGAGAAGCUGAGCCAUUUAUCAUUAGCUGACAGGACAACAACAUCCCUUCCUUUUGAGAGGUUCCAGGGGGAUACAGUGCGCUCAGGGCGGAGCGGACAGUGGGAGGAGGGCUAAUGUUGUUUUGUAUGAUUGUGAACUGUGUGCAGUAGGUCCAAUAAGUAUUUUCAAUGCCCAUUACCUCUUCUUUUUUUUGUGUUAUUCUCCCUUACAAGUAUUAUCAUACGUGUUGCUAUGCAUGCUUUUUCUGAGAGAGGAAGAGAAUCGUUUCAUUUGUGCAUGAAUUCAAAUCAUAGAGCUGGAGGAGGACUGGUGUGGUGUUUACAGAGCAGGAGGGAGGUGACGGGGGUGAUGGAGGAAUCUCAGUGAAGGUCCAGCACGGUGUCUGGGUGGGUGAGGGGGGGGGGGGCAAGCCCCUGCAGUUGCUUUAUGGAACUCGAUUUGAUCCAUUCAAAUAAUCGGGGUUAUCUCCGCUCUGCCCCUCUGUGGGCGUCGUGAUUAUCACCAGUCGUGGCAGAUGUGUAAGGUUUAAUUUGGUGUGUCCCCCCCCCGUGGUUCACUUUUUAUAACGAAUUAAAACGAUGACAACAUCGAGCAUCGAACCCAUCAAACCAGGAUCCUGCCUGAAGCUUGUCUGUUAAAAAAAAAUGUUUGUGCACCGAGACGAGGAAUCACUGAGAACGUGACAGUGGAGAGAAGCUCAUUUAGCAACGACUCCACCUCACUUUGCCCAGUCGGCAGAAGCUGGUGUGGAGGGGGGGGGGGUGUACUGGUUAUCCUCUGCUUGGGUUUGCCUCCUCUAACUGGAGUGAAUCUUCUUUGCAAGGCUGCGGAAAGACAGGCGGUGCAGAGUUGUGCUGGAGCGCCACAGAGGUCAGGCGUCCUCCUCAGCCCCCCCCCCCCCCCCCCGCUCGCCUCACCGAGCGGGAGUCGACCCAGUGGGAGUUUUUGUACAGGGAUUUAAUAAAUGGGUUUGAAUUGCAUGUGGAGGCUUUUUUUUAAAUGUCACAUGCUCUUAAAAGCUCAUUUAUCCAAGUGAUUAUUUUCUUUUUCUUUCAAUAAGUGACAUGUAUUUUUCUCACAAUGUUUUAUUUUGCCAUCCUUGUGUCUGCCCUCUGUUUAUUCUCUUCAUUAUUAUUGAAUGUAUAUAAUAAUAAAUAAACUGUUUGGUUUUUA